AUGAUUUAGGAUACAAUGCCUGAAUAAUAAUAGAAUCUAGAUACACAAUAAGCAACACUUGUAUCCUCACAACUUUUUGAAUAAUGCAUGGUAAAUUAAAAAUUCAAAUAACAAAGUUACUUAAAUCAAGAAGUCAAAUGGAUGAGGCUAUUAAAGUUAUUAGUGAAGCUAUCACUAUUAGACCUGAUUAUUAUGAAGCUUAUAUUUUAAGAGGUAUAAAUUUAGAUAUUUUAAAAUUUAGGUGAAAUAUUAUUGGAAAUUGACCAUUAAAAGGCUUUAAGUGAUUUAAACAAGGCCAUCGAAUUGAAUCCUUAAUUUCCAUAGGGGUAUUAUCAUAGAUGUAAAUAUAUAAAUGAAAAUUAAGCUAUUUAUCAUUUGAAAUAGAAAGAUUUUAAUUCAGCUUUGAAGGACUGUGAUAGUUCAAUUCAAUCAAAUCCAAAAUUUUCUUUGGCAUAUGUAAGAAAAGGUAUUUCUUAUAUUAAUUUUUCAGGAAUAACAUUAAUUUGUCUGCAUCAUCAAGAAGAGGCUCUAAAAUGCUAUUAUAAAGCUUUAGAAAUUGAUAACAAAUGUUGGUAAGCUUAUAAUAAUAGGGGUAUGUAAUUUUAUUCAUAAAAAGGUGCCUUAUUCACGGAUAUGAAGAAGAAUACAUUAGCUUUAAUGGAUUAUAACAAAUCUAUAGAAUUGAAUCCUAAUGGAGAUUUAGCUUAUAAUAACCGAGGUUUAAAGAAAUUAAAUAAAUAGGUAUACUCUAUAAGGAUACUGGAAAAUUUGAUUUAUCUCUUUCAGACUUUAACAAAGCUAUUUAGUUAAACUAAAAUUGUAAUUUGGCUUAUUUUAAUCGAGGUUGUUUUAAUAUUAUAAAAAGGUUUGCUGUAUUUAAAAGUUGGUAAGUUAGAACAAAGUCUUAAUGAUUUUGAUAAAGCAAUUGCAUUAGACAAAAAUAAUCCACUUUUCUAUUUAACUAGAGGUAAAUUUUAUUAAUUUGUUUAGGCGCACUUCUCUAAAAGAUGGGAAAAAAUUAGUAGGGAUUCCAUGAUAUUAAAAAAGCGUUAGAGCUAAAUUCUGGAAAUACUUAAAAUAAAGAAAAUUAAUAAAAAAUACAAAGCCACCAAAUCUAAGAACCUUAAAGAUCUUCUUAAGGAUGUUGUUGCUAAAUAUAUUGA